AUGACAAAAAUUAUUCCAAGUUGGCUUACAGAAGUACGUCCUACUACUUCAAACACUAAUACUAUGACUUCAACAUGGACCUUACCAAAUACUGACUCUUUACUUAAUGGAAGCAAUCAUGUUGACUCUGUUUUCAACACUAGCUUUACUACCGGAAAUGCUUUAUCAGCUUCACCUGAUCAAACUCGUGCUGUUGUCGUUGGGCGUGAAGUGUUGAAAAUUUUGAAUGUAUCAGAUAAUGAGAUUAUAGAAGAAUUAAAAGUUAGGGUUGAAAAUAAAUUUAACAGUAAUGAUGUUAAAUGGGGAAACAAUCUUACAAAAAGCAAAAUAGCUACUGCUGCUUCAAAUGGUUCAAUUGUUAUUUGGGAUAUAGAAAAUGGCAGAUCAAAGAUUGAUCAAAAAAUCGAUGAUCAUAAACGUGCUGUUAAUAGAAUAUGUUUUAGUCCAUUGCAAGGUUCGUCAUUGUUAAGUGCCUCACAAGAUUGUACUAUGAAAUUGUGGGAUCUUAGAGAUUUAGAACGGGCAAUGAAUACAUUUCAAGGAAGAUGCGAAGGUGUUCGUGAUGUGCAAUUCAAUUCAAUGAAUCAAUAUGAAUUUGCUGCUGCAUUUGAUAAUGGAACAAUUCAGAAAUGGGAUAUUAGGAAACCAGUAGUUCAUCUAAGAAAAUACAAUGCACAUAUUGGAUCAGUAUUGUCUAUUGAUUGGAGUUUUGAUGGUAGAAUCAUUGCUAGCGGAGGGCGUGAUAAAAUCAUCAGAAUAUGGGAUAUGGAUUCAGAAAGUAGAAAGCCAAAAGAUACAAUCUAUACCAUGUCAGGUAUAUCUUAUAUUAGAUGGAGACCAAACUAUCCAAAUGAGAUUGCAUCAUGUUCGUCAUUGACUGAUGUAAGAGUAUUUGUUUGGAAUGUUAAAAGACCUUACAUCGCAAGUUGUUUCUUUGAGACACAUGAAGAAGUUCCAACGGGAAUUUUAUGGCAUGAUCCUGAUGUGCUGUGGUCUUGCUCAAAGGAUAAAUAUUUUAUACAGCAAUAUAUCAAAGGAUCACGUCGACCUUUAGAUUUAUUAAGUAAAUGCGGAAUUGGCUGGAGUGUCUAUGAUCAACUAGCAUUUACUGUAGAUAAAUCCAACAACAAUAAUGAUAUAAUUGAUGAUCACAGAAAUAUUAGGCAGCCUUUGAAUAAUCAAAUUAAAAAAAUGCAAAGACGUAUAUCUCCUGGAACAAUAGAUUCAUCAAAUGAGGGUUAUUACAAAUUACAACAAAAAACUGGAAUGGCACAUUUUAAAGCGUUUGAUUAUAGAGCAUUUUCAUAUCUUGCAGGGAAUUAUAUGAUUUCUAGUCAAAACAUUUGGGAAGCUUGUGAACAUAAUGCAAAAAUUGCACACGAUGCACAAAAAUUUAGGACAGCACAAACUUGGAAAAUAGUUCAACUAUUAUUACACAGAAGAACAGAUAGCAUUGAUAACAAUAGCAAUGAUCAAAAUGGAGUUGAAGAACAACAACAGCACUCCAAUGAAUCUAAUUUGGUGAAUGAAAACAGUAGUAAUACUAAUACACCAAUAGAAAAAACAUCAGAAAGAGAAACAGGAGCAUUAGACAAUCCAAAGAAAUUUACUAAAUUAUCAGAAAAAGAUUUUAUUUGUGGACCAACUAUAAAGAUAAAUUUAACGCCGUUAUUUGAUCAAGAACAAAUAAUUUCACAAUUAUUAGAUUAUUAUUCAGAACAGGGAGAUGUGCAAAUGUGUGUUACCUUAGUUCUUGUAAUUGGAGAUAGGAUUAAGUUUAAUAAUGAAAGAAAUUAUUACACAGAUUUCAACUUUGGAUAG